UAACCACAGAGUCCAUCAUUUCAUUAUACACGCACGCAUAAUUCAAAUGCUAACUAAAUCCGGGUUUCAAAUCCGCUGAUGGAUAAAUCCAACAAAAAAGAAAAUUAUAUAUUGUUCCAAAAAUACCCUCACUGAACAAAGAAUCAAUAGAACUGCCCCUUUCUAUUCUUCCCUCUUCUUUUUCUCUCUCCUCAUUUCUCACUUACAAAUUAGAAUACUUCGUUGUAAGAAAGAGCGAGAGUUUUAAGUUUGAGUGAAGUUGGUCUCUUCGGAGCUUCGAAUCACCCAAGCUUUCUACUCAUUUCACUAUUUUGGAGAGUUUGAUUUUUCUGAAAGGAUUAAGUUAUAGUUUGAUUAUGGGAGAGGAGAAUACGAAGUCGGAAAUUGAGGAGCCGGUAACAAAUGGGAGCAAGUCUCCAGAAAAGGAGGUUGAAACUGUAGAGGAAAAUAAGGAAAAUGGAUUCCAGGAAAUGGAGGAAGAUGUGAAAGAGGAAAAUGGUGGAGAUGAUAAGGAUAAAACGGUUAUAGAGCAGAAAACCGAUGAUGUUGAGGAGACUAAGGUGGAUAAGGAUACCAAUGUGGAGGAAGGUAGGGAAGAGCUGAAAACUGAAGCAAUGGAGGAAGAUAAGAGCACAAAUGAGAAUCUGAAGGACAUAGAAAUGGCUGAGAAAGUUGAGGAUUUAGAAGAGAAAAAAGAGGAGGAAAAGGAGGAAGAGGCUGAGAAGGUAAAAGACAAAGGAGAAGCAAUGGAAAGUGAAGAAGAAAAUGAAGGGAAAGGAGAUGAAAAACACGAGGCAAAGGAGAGUGAAAAAGAGGAAGAGAAACAAAAGGAAAAGGAUGAAGAAAAGGAAGAGAAACAUUUGAAGAAGCUCAGUAGGAGUAAAAGUGCCGAAGAUAAGAGUGCAGAUAAGAAAAAACAAGUUAUCCAGACAGAGCAGGAGCCUAGGACUCCAGCUGCUGACCGUCCAGUACGUGAAAGGAAAUCAGUAGAAAGAUUGGUUGCGACUAUUGAGAAAGAUACCUCUAGGGAGUUUCAUAUUGAGAAGGGUCAAGGAACUCCGCUGAAAGACAUACCCAAUGUUGCAUACAAGUUAUCCAGGAAAAAGACCGAGGAGACAUUUAAGUUGCUUCAUAUGAUUCUAUAUGGAAGAAGAGGGAAGGCGUCUCAGUUUAAGCAUAACAUAUCUCGGUUUUCAGGCUUUGUCUGGCAUGAUAACGAGGAGAAGCAAAGGAUGAAAGUUAAGGAAAAAUUUGACAAAUUUGUUAAAGAAAAGUUGCUGGAAUUUUGUGAUGUACUUGACAUAUCUAUAGCUAAAUCUACCACUAAAAAGGAGGAUAUAAUUGCGAAGCUGCUUGAAUUUUUGAUUUCUCCUCAUGCUACUACUACAGAACUACUUGCAGAUAAAGAUCCGGGAAGGAAGCGCAAGAGAUCUGCUACAAAAGAUGCAACAUCUAAAUCAGCCUCAUCUGCUGGCUUUGCAAAGACCCGUAAGAAGAGCAGUGAUUCUUCCAAAAAAGAAGGGAAAAAGAUUACUCCAGAGUCUGAUGAUGAGUCCCAGGAGGACAAAGACAAUGAGGAAGGGGAGGAAGAGGAUGGGGCUGCAGAAGAAUUAGGAAGCGAGAAAUCUGAAGAGUCUGAGAGUGAAGACAAAAAAGAUAUUCCUGGGGAUGAUACUGAAGAAGAUACACCGAAAGCAAGCUCUGGAAAGGCCAAAAAAGAAACCAAGAAAAAGACUCCAAGCAGAGAAUCCUCAGGAAAAGCUGCUAGCAAAAUAGUCGUCACUCCCAGAAAAGCCAGGUCGGUGCCAAAAGGAACACCCAAGAGAUCAUCGUCAUCAAGCCGUUCCAAGGCCGUUGAGACAGAAGACAAAAGUCCCAAGGUGUUUUCGCGGAAGAAAAAGAAUGAAGAGCCAAAACAAGAGAAGUCUCUAGCUUCGAAGAAAUCCGUUACGAAGGAAAAAUCUGGGAAAAAGGCUGUAAAAGGGAAGGAGAAAAGCAAAGAAGAUAAGUUGAAGCCGAGUGAUGAUGAACUUAAGAAUGCGAUAUGUGACCUUCUUAAAGAAGUCGACUUCAACACGGCCACCUUUACUGAUAUUUUAAAGCAACUUGCUAAGCAAUUCAAUACUGAUCUUGCACCCAGAAAGGCAGCAAUCAAGCUUAUGAUACAGGAUGAGCUCACAAAAUUAGCCGAUGAAGCUGAUGAUGAAGAUGGAGAAGAGGAUGGAGAUGGCGAGAAAAAUGAAGCCAAGCCUGGUAGUAAAGAGGUGGAAGCCUGAUUUACAACUCUGCAGCUGAAGAAUUGGUAAAGUAUGUGAUUGACCAUCCUUAUUGCCUUAUUUCCGCUCUGGUAAUAAAGAAAAUUAGAUAGUAUCAAUGUGUUGUAAUAUACUGACCAUCCUUGACCAUCCUUGCGUGCUUGUUUAGUCUGUACAAGUAGCUGUAAUCUAUCGAUAAAUGUCUAUAAUAUUCUGGCAAACAAACAAAGUCUUUUGCUAGAGAUAGUCGUAGAACAGUUGACUUGACUCGACUCGAACUCGAACUCGAUCCCUUAUGCUGCAGGAUGCAGAUUGUAAUAUACACAAUUCUUCAACUUGUGUUAGAUCCUUUUCUUUUGA